AUGAUGCUAUCUCGCUUCUUGGCUUUCUGCGCUCUGGCGGCUGCCGAAACCUGCCUGAACGGCACGGAGUGCGAGGAGGCGAACUUGCUGAGCUAUGCUGCGGAGGAGGACUUUCCUUGGGCUCGAAAGCGGAAAUUUCGAGGUCAUCCCCACUCCGGCUACCGAUCCUGCAAGCGUGCUGAGGGGCCCAGCUUGGCCGAGGGACCAGUGCCUUGCACCUAUUCCAAGACCUAUGCCUAUCCGGCCUCGGUGGUGCAACAAGAUUCCGGAGGAGUGGCGCAGAUGGAGAGUCGAUGCGACAAUGCUGGGGAGGACUAUGUGAAUAAUCCGUGUGAUGCCACCUGCAUUAUCAACUCCAACUCGCAAGGAUAUGACUACAUCAAGUGGGAUGCCAUCAAGGCCUGCCCUUACCCGGCAGGCGCCACGGAACUUCCCAUCGUAACGACGCAGGAUCAGUGUAUGCAGCUCUAUGACAACUUCACUGCGCUGGGUGAGGCUGUGGAUAUCACUUGGAACGGCGAGGUCUACAAGACGGGAAUCGGCCAUGGAGCACUGAUUGGUGUGCGUGGGAACUGCCUCACCAUCCGCUACAACGGCAAGAACGCCGUGAUCUUUCAGGUGGACAUACGGUCGUGGUCCCUGGAAAUCACACAGGCCACCUACCUCUACCUCACAGACAACGAGAAUCCCGGCGGCUUUUGCUGGAUCCCUGAGGUCGAGAUUGUGAACUGCUUGGAUAUCCCGGGGAUGCCCACCAGCCUGUAG